CUGCUACAGAUGACGUGUCUGCCGUUCGGCCUGGCAGCAGCGCCACGGAUUUUCGCCUCGGUAACGAACUGGACCGCAGAAAUACUUCGCAAAAAAGGACUGAGGUUAGUGGUCUAUUUAGACGAUUAUCUGAUAGUACAUCAGGACAGAAAUACGCUUACAGCACAGGUCGAAAUCGCAAUACAGUUUUUGACCAGUCUGGGUUGGUGUAUAAAUGUGGAAAAAUCGGUUACAACACCAACGAGGGUAAUCGAUUUUCUGGGAGUCACAUGGGACACCAAAUUCAACACGAAGUUCCUACCCUCAGAGAAAAUUCAACGGAUUCGUCAGAUGUUGCGAGUACGACUCGAAGCCGACAGUUGGAACCUAAAACAGGCGCAACGCCUAUUAGGUCAUCUCAACUUUGCAACCUUCAUCACCCACCGGGGAAGGUUGCAUUGCCGCUUACUGCAGCGACACAGCAACAAACUCAGAAAGUGUCCACGAUCGCAGAUUCGGUAUCCAGAAGAGGUAUGUACAGAACUACAAUGGUGGAUGGAGAAUAUCAAUCAGAAGUCAGCGAUUCAUCUCCAAAGAAUGCCGACGAACCACGUCAUCACCGACGCGUCGGACAUUCAAUGGGUAGCCCUGGUGAACAACGAUAUGAUAAAAGGCCUAUGGGAGCAACACCAGACAAAAUGGCAUUGCAAUCUGAAGGAAAUGUAUGCUGUGAUAGCCGCUAUAUCAGCCAAAGCAAAGGUGCUCCAGAAUUCUACAGUGAUUCUUCAGAGCGACAACAAAACAGUCGUGUCUUAUAUAAAAAACGAAGGAGGAACACGAUCACGUCAAUUGCUAGAUCUGACCCAACAGCUGCUGGAACUAGUGGACCACCUCAACAUUGUGCUCCGGCCUCACCACCUACCAGGCCUGUGCAACACCGAAGCAGAUCACCUCUCACGAAAUCGCGUCGCCGCCGAGUGGCACCUCACAGGCGAAGAAACAUCGAGACUGUUCGGCAUGUGGGGCACGCCAGACCUAGACCUCUUUGCGUCACAGACAGCACAUGUCGUAGCAAACUAUGUUUCGCUAGACUUGUCAGACUCGAACGCUUACUUUCACGACGCGUUCAGCAGAUCCUGGCACUACCGACUUGCAUGGCUGUUCCCGCCGCCCAGCCUAAUACCCAGGGUACUGGAUCACCUCAAUUCAGCCUCAGGUCAGUACAUUCUCGUAGCACCCAAGUGGACGAAGUCUUUUUGGAGGCCAGACCUGAAGAAUCGAGCUCUAAAACGUCCCGUGAAACUCAGAAAUCUGGAAAAGACGCUUUUGGACACGACGACAAUGCUACCGCCGGCACAAGUCGGAAAGUUACACCUGGAAGCCUGGCUCAUUUCGGGUGGGAUGCCCUGACGGAUACAUGGACGCCGCAAGAGAAACAGUUAUUGUCAUCGUGUUGGAGGCAGUCUACAAUAAAGACUUAUGCCCCUAUUUGGAGUAGAUGGGUGAGAUUUUGUCAAGAAAAUAGCAUUAAUUUUCGUUUACCGGAACCAGUAAAUGUAGCUAGGUAUCUCGGUUAUCUAUUUUUAAACGAUGGUCUCUCUUACAGAACGAUUCUUGUUCAUAAAUCAGUUAUUGCAUCCGUUUGUGAAACAAUAUCUGAGGUUAAAAUUACUGCAAACCCGAUAGUAAAACAUAUACUGAAAGCUAUUUCCUUGGCAAGACCGGUGCCCUCUCAAUUACCGAUUUGGGAUGCAAGGAUUUUGAUUAGAUUCUUAAAGAGUUGCAAUAUAAAUUUAAAUAGUUUAUAUCAAGUAUCUAGACACACAGCUGCUAUUUUACUAUUAUCUUCUGGCCGUAGAGUACACGAUCUUACACUUUUACAUACUGAUAGUCAACAUUUUAUAGAUAACACUGAUUCUAUUACCUUGCACCCCGUUUUCGGGUCGAAAACUGUCAUCCUCAUAUCAACAAUAUAGCUGGACAUUUUUGGCCGCACCGGAUAAAAGCAUCGAUGCAGUAUAUUGGUUACGUAGACUAGUAAAUAUGACCCAAGGGACCCGGGAAAAUAUUACUAAUUUAUUCUUAGCAACUAAAAGUCCUACAAGGCCAGCUACUGCAGCUAUGAUUGGUGGUUGGAUAAAGAGGCUUCUAGCUGAUGCAGGUAUUCAGGCUUCAGCUGGAAGCUGUAGAUCAGCAGUCUCAUCUUUAAAUUGGAUAGAAAACUACCAUAUUAAUGAUAUCAUAGCUAAGGCUAAUUGGCAGCAUGAAUGUACUUUUAGAAAGUUUUAUCUGAAA